AUGGAGUGCGCGCGGACGGCGUGGUGCGCGACGCUGGCGCUGGCGGUGCUGGCGGCGGCGGGCCCGCGCUACAGCUCGCGCAUCGUGCACACGCACGCCGGAGCGAUCCGCGGCAUCAUCGUGGAGCCGGCGUCGCGGCGCCUGGAGCCCGUGGAGGUGUUCCGCGGGGUGCCGUACGGCGCGCGGCCGCCGCGCCUGGGCCCGCCGCCGCCGCCGCCCGCGUGGCCCGGCACGCGCCUGGCCGACGCCUUCGCGCCCGUGUGCCCGCAGCGCUAUCCCGACGUGUCCAACAGGAGUGCAGCGCUGUCCAAGAUGCCGCUGGGGAUGUACAACGAGCUCAAAGCUACCAUACCUCUCCUCGCCAAUCAGAGCGAAGACUGCCUCUACCUCAACAUCUACGUGCCCGGUAGCGGUGCGCGCGGCGUUGAGGCGCCGUACGCCGUGGCGGUGUGGGUGGCCGCAGCCCACGAGUGGGGCUCGGGCAACGCGCUGGACGGCGCCGUGCUGGCGGCGCGUGCUCACCUGUUGGUCGUCACGCUCAACUAUAGGAUAGGACUCUUAGGUUACUUAACGGCCGGCGCGACGGACGAAGUGUCGCUGGCGGGCAGCGCGGCGGCGUUGGACGUGUCGGCGGCGCUGGCGUGGGUGCGGCGCAACAUCGCGGCGUUCGGCGGAGACCCGCGCCGCCUGACGCUCGUUGGCCACUCCGCGGGCGCGGCCUUGGUCAACGUCAUGCUGAUGCUGCCUUUGACCAAAGGUGUGGUGUCGCGGGUGCUGCUGCUCAGCGGCUCGGCGCUGGGCCCCGCGUCGCUGGCGCCGGACGCGGCGCAGGCGCGAGAGCACACGGCGCAGGCGCUGCGCUGCGCACGCGACGCGGCGGAAGAGCACUGGCUAGUGUCCUGCAUCCGCUCCCGGCCGCUGGGUGCACUGCUGGGCGUGGACCCACCACGCGCGCGCUUCCUGGCGGGCUGGGCACCAUCGGUACCGCGCGCGCGGGACGCCCCGGGCCAGGCUCCCUCUAGAGCCCUCCACGCCAGCGAAGUGUUCCUGGAAGUUACCCUCGCUGUUGUGGUCACCACCACGGAGAGCUACCAGUUCUUCAGCGAAGAGGAUGUGAGACAUGGAUUCGAGGAAGAGCAUAGGAGUCGAAUCCUACGCACGUACGUUCGCAACGUGUACCGGUACCACCGCAACGAGAUAUUCGCGGCGGUGCGCAACGAGUACACGGACUGGGAGAAACCUAUCCAACACCCCAUCAACAUCCGCGAUGCGACCCUGGAGGCCUUGAGCGACGCGGCCGGCGCGGCGCCGGCGCUGCGACUGGCGCAAAUACACGCGCGUCGCGGCGCCAGGACUUUCUUUGCGCAUUUUGCUCACCAGAGCAAGGAAGCUGACUACCCACAGAGGCUGGGGAGUGUAAGCGGCGAGACACUUUGCUACUUCCUCGGACUCCCAUUGGUGGGCGGGUUGCCCCUAUCCCCGCGGAAUUACUCGCGUAACGACGUCGCGGUCUCUGAAGCGACUGUCGCGUUGUUAGCUGCCUUCGCCAAAACCGGUGACCCUACACCCAAAGGUGAAGAAAGACACGAGGGCGUCACGUGGCCGCCAUACGACCUUAACACACAACAGUAUCUAAGCAUAGGCUCCAAGCUGCGCCUGAAGAGCCACUACCGCGGGCAUAAGCUGUCGCUGUGGCUGCAGCUGGUACCGCAGCUUCACCGGCCCGGAGCCUCCCCGCAGCACCACCGCCUGCGCGCGCCGCGCCCUGACAUGUUCGCAGGUGAAAUAUUCCCCGAGCUCUACACAACUCCCUCACUGGAUGAAGAAGAGGAGAGCACAGAGGAUCAGGAGCCAGAAGUAGAAGAGUGUGAACCUUCUCCCUCCGCGCGACCAGCCCUUUCAGCGCUGCCCGCUCCUCAGCCUUCGCCAAAAGAGGACUCUCUUACGAAUAUCGAUACACAAUAUUAUAGUUACACAGUGGCGCUUGGAGUGACGGUUGGCGCGGGCUGUUUCCUGCUCGCUCUGAACCUGCUGGUGUUCGCAGGCAUCUACCUUCAACGUGGGAAGCGGCGGACACAUCGACGUCCUAGAAGAGACGGCAGUGGCAGCAGCCGAGCGGGCGCGGCGUCAUUGCGCAGCGAGCCCACCGCGCUCGCCUCGCCCAGAAAGAGCACCUUAAAGCGCAGCAGCGAGGCAGAACUAAAAGAGAGACCGAGCUCAGCUCCUCCGAAAAAACGUGUGCAAAUACAAGAGAUCUCAGUGUAGAUGACUUCUGAACUCUUCUUAACUACAUCCAUGUGAACUAGUGGAGUUAGUGGAGUGAAAUGUUUCUUUCAGGAAAAAUUUCAUCGAAUUACGGAUGGACGAUCACUUGAGGAACGUUCUUACAUAUUUACUAAUAAUAAUCUAUGUCGUAUUCAUGUGUGACGUAUUCUCUGAUUAUACAGCGGCUAGAUUCUGUCAGGGUUGUAAUUAUAACAAAAUUAGUCUCAUACAUUAGGGAUUAAAAUUAAUUCCAUAAUUUAUCGGUGCAAUCAGGUACUGCUACUAUUCUAGCAUCAGGUGAUCCAUUAAUAAGUCUAGUUGAAGAAAACUAUCAAUUGAUAGAUACUAUAAAAUUUCUUGAAAAUUUACAUUCCAUGGAAGCAUUAGUUAUAAAAUAUAGAUCUCUGUGCGGAGAAGUUCUGAAGUACAAACAUGUGAAUUAUUGGAACUAGUGAAGUGAAAUAUUUCUGUCGAGGAAUGGAUUCAUCGAUGAUCACGGGUGGAGGAGCGUCCGAACAAUGUUCGCUCCAGUGAAUAUUCUUGCAUCACUAGUCAGUGUCUAGUGCAUGUGAGACGCUAGACCUAUCUUGACUAUAUUAGAACCAGAUCGCGGAGGAUUGAUCAGCCAAUAGUUUAGACGCUGGUAUUAGGAAAGAUUACUAAGAGAGAACAUAAAUAAAACGAUUUAUCGAAAGAUCGGAAGAUGCCCACUUUCCAUUCAAUUUAAAAGUUGUUAACGCAAUUUUAUUUCUGACAGUUCACUCUCCUUAUACAGGAUGAGUUUUAUUGUAACUAAAAUCUGUCAAAAGCUAGCUACACUAACCAUUUCGUUUUAAAAAUUUAUCCAAUUUUGAACGUAUCAACACGUCCAUAUCACUGAAACACAGGUGGGUCCGAUAUCAUACGCUUGCUAAGCCACGUGUUCUUCAGGGACGUCACAACUUGAAUGGCAAAUAAUGUCAAGGAACGUGCAAUGACUGUUUGAUUUUUGAUUUGAAUGUACUAAUACCAUUAGUGGAAGUAAAACAAACUUUAGGAGGCACCGAUUCCUUUAAGAUUAACAUUGUUAUUGAAGUGUUAUGUUCAAGCAUAACUUCAAAUGAAACUGCGGAGUCAUUUGGAACAGUGAACAUGUUGCAUUCAAGGCCUUUUUUUUAUAAUUCGGCCCAAAAUAAAUUAAUACAUCCUAAAAGAUUUUUCAUAGUAAUUGACAGUUAAUCUGAAACGAAACGUUGCUUAUAAGAUACGAAAGCUUAAAUAUUU